GUCACCCGGAAGUGCGUGACACUGACUACCGCGCAGUCAAUGAAUACUUGGAGAAGUUGACUAUUUGGAGCCACAAACUAAACUACAGCGUAAGUUACUUACUACUCCACAUAACUUUGGAAGCGUGUGAUUGCCUCGCCUGCUGGAAUGGCUCCAUUACUGAGCUGGUCAUGUAGACCGCUGCUUCUACUGCCUCUUGUUGGAAUAUGUUUCACAAAAUUUGCAAGAGCAGAUGGAGUGAGGUCUGAACUCCACAUAUUCCAUCACUCAUGCGCCCUGAAGAAAGACGAAGGGCCGUGCAAGGCAAUAAAGGACAGGCUCUACUUUGACAUUGACACAGGUCGCUGUGAACUCUUUGAAUAUGGAGGCUGCCAAGGCAAUGCUAACAAUUUCGAGACCCUGCAGGAGUGUGAGGAAAUGUGUCUUGUGAAAGAGGAUAAGAGUCCAUGCCAUCUGGAGGAUGAGCCGGGGCCGUGUCGAGGACUGGUGCCUCGUUAUUUUUUUGAUUACAAGAGCCAGGAAUGCAAGCGAUUCUUUUAUGGUGGCUGCUUUGGGAAUGCCAACAACUUCAAGACCAUAAAACAAUGCCAUGAGAGAUGUCUACCUGCCUCAAACCACAUGGAAAAAAAUGCUCCAUUAAAGCCAGAGGAAGAAGCAGCCAAACCCAAAACAGAACCUCUCACCAAACAUGUUGAAGCUUCAUUGAAUGCAUCACAUUUGCCACUGCAGAGAAUGUGCCAACCAUCUGAACAGGAAGCAGCUGCCUCAAACCACAUGGAACACAAUGCUCCAUUAAAGCCAGAGGAAGAAGCAGCCAAACCCAAAACUGAACCUCUCACCAAACAUGAGUUCAGUCCCCCAGAAUUCUGCUUGAGUCCAGUUGACAGGGGCAAUUGUGAUGGCUCUGUGAGGAGAUAUGUUUACAACCCCAGGACUGAGAGAUGCCAGAUGUUUCGUUACACUGGCUGUGGAGGCAACAAAAACAACUUUGUCCACAGGAGACACUGCAUGAAAAUGUGCAUGAAAGAUCACAGCCGGAGGAAGCAAAUACGGAUAAAGACGAAGAACUCAAAUAUCUUAUUCCGAUCUGUCUAGGAGGACAUAUGCAGCAUUUUUCAUGAUACCAAAUCCUAAACCACUCUAUAGAGAGGAAAUAAGAGAAAAUAAGAAACAGCAGCAUAUAGCACCUCUCUGACCCACAAACUGUUCUCAUGUAUAUAAUUAUGACAGUUAAUGGAUUUUAAUCUGGGCUUCAUAUAUAAAGGAAUUCUAUGUAUUUUAAAUGUAAAACAUAAUCUCACAAAGACAAAUUUAUGUAUUAAAAUACUCAUUACAUUUCAUUAAAAAUUACCUACUAAUUACCUACUA